UGGGAGUCAUUCACAGUUCGCUACACUGGGCCUGUGGACAAGGACUCACCGUCGUGGAAGCGCACUGACUACGUCGUUCACUGCCGCAAUGCCCGACAAGUUGCUCGGAACAUGAUCGGCAACGAGGACUUCAAUGGCCGGUUCGAUACGACUCCUUAUCAGGAGUACAGCGCCCCUAAUAUCACACGCUUCUCGAACUCAAUGUCGGGGCAAUGGGCGUAUAGACAAGCAACGAAGAUUGCGGAGGAUCCGGAGAGCCAUGGAUCGAUGUUGUCCCCGAUGAUCCUCGGCGCUGACAAGACGACUGUAUCUGUUGGAACUGGCAAUUCAGAGUUCCAUCCAUUAUACAUGUCAGUGGGCAAUGUCCACAACUCGGUCAGACGUGCACACAAGGAUGCAAAUAUCCCGAUCGCUUUCUUGGCGAUACCAAAAGCUGCACGAGGCGAAGCCGAGACUGAUGAGUUCCGAACGUUCCGCAAACAGCUGUACCACGUGUCAAUAGCGCACAUCAUGUCGCCACUGCGGCCUUAUAUGGAAACCUACAACGUUGUAUGCUGCCCCGACGGUCACUUCCGACGAGUGAUAUAUCAACUCGGGCCGUUCAUUGCAGAUUAUCCCGAGCAAGUCGUCCUAUCAGGGAUAGUGACCGGGUGGUGCCCGAAGUACACAUCUUUCUUCUCUUAUUCGUAG